GCUGUUUCCGGAAGUCGCCCCGGCGGUGUGUUCUGCUGCCUCCUGCCUCUGCCUCUGCCGCCUCCGUGGCCAGCCCGGUAGCUGCGGAACUCUGCGAGUAGAACGGCUGAGGCGAGCCUAGGCGGGGCAGGGGUUCCAGCCACUCGGAAGAAUGGAGAUAAUUAGGAACAAUUUUAAGAGUAACCUUCAUAAAGUGUACCAGGCCAUAGAGGAGGCAGACUUCUUCGCCAUCGAUGGGGAGUUUUCAGGAAUCAGCGAUGGACCUUCAGUCAGUGCCCUGACAAAUGGUUUUGACACUCCAGAAGAGAGGUAUCAGAAGCUUAAGAAGCAUUCCAUGGACUUUUUGCUGUUUCAGUUUGGCCUUUGCACUUUUAAGUAUGACUACACAGAUUCAAAGUAUAUCAUGAAGUCUUUUAACUUCUAUGUUUUCCCAAAACCCUUCAAUAGAUCCUCACCUGAUGUCAAAUUUGUUUGUCAGAGCUCCAGUAUCGACUUCUUGGCGAGCCAGGGAUUUGAUUUCAAUAAAGUUUUUUGCAAAGGAAUUCCAUAUUUAAAUCAGGAAGAGGAGAGACAGUUGAGAGAGCAUUAUGAUGAAAAACGUUCUCAGGCCAAUGGUGCAGGAGCUCUGGCGUAUGUGUCUCCUAACACUUCAAAAUGUCCUGUGACAAUUCCUGAGGAUCAGAAGAAGUUUAUUGACCAAGUAGUAGAGAAAAUAGAAGAUUUAUUACAGAAUGAAGAAGACACGACCUUGGAUUUAGAGCCAUGCACCGGGUUCCAAAGAAAAUUAAUUUAUCAGACCUUGAGCUGGAAGUAUCCCAAAGGCAUUCACAUUGAGACUUUAGAAACUGAAAAGAAGGAGCGAUAUAUAGCUAUCAGCAAAGUAGAUGAAGAAGAACGCAAAAGAAGAGAGCAACAGAAACAUGCUAAAGAACAGGAGGAACUAAAUGAUGCUGUAGGAUUUUCAAGAGUCAUUCAUGCCAUUGCCAAUUCGGGAAAACUCGUUGUUGGACACAAUAUGCUCUUGGAUGUCAUGCACACAAUUCAUCAGUUCUACUGCCCUCUGCCUGCGGACUUGAAAGAGUUUAAAGAGAUGACAACAUGUGUCUUCCCCAGACUCUUGGAUACUAAAUUGAUGGCAAGCACACAACCAUUUAAGGAUAUCAUUAACAACACAUCCCUUGCAGAAUUGGAAAAGCGGUUAAAAGAGACACCUUUCAACCCUCCUAAAGUUGAAAGUGCAGAAGGUUUUCCAAGUUAUGACACAGCUUCUGAACAGCUCCACGAGGCAGGCUAUGAUGCUUAUAUCACAGGACUGUGCUUCAUCUCCAUGGCAGAUUACUUAGGUUCUUUUCUCAGUCCUCCAAAAAUUCAUGUGUCUUCCAGAUCAAAACUCAUUGAACCUUUUUUUAACAAGUUAUUUCUUAUGAGGGUCAUGGACAUCCCCUAUCUAAAUUUGGAAGGACCAGACUUGCAACCUAAACGUGAUCAUGUUCUCCAUGUAACGUUCCCCAAAGAGUGGAAAAGCAGUGACCUUUACCAGCUAUUCAGUGCCUUUGGUAACAUUCAGAUAUCCUGGAUCGAUGACACAUCAGCAUUUGUGUCUCUCAGCCAACCUGAACAAGUCCCGAUUGCUGUCAAUACCAGCAGAUAUGCAGAAAGCUAUCGGAUCCAGACCUAUGCUGACUAUGUGGGGAAAAAACAGGGAGAGAAGCAGAUCAAGAGCAAAUGGACAGAUGACAGCUGGAAGGAAGUAGAGAGAAAGCAGCUGAACACACAGGGCUUGUCUCACUCGCUUCAGAACCACUACUACCCUCCUGACAGCUUUACAGCCACCAGCACAAUCAGAAAGAGAAAUUUGAGCCCCAGUCCAAAAGCUGGCCCAGAAGACAGAGUAUCAGGGAAGAUUUCUGACUCUGAGCUUGAGCAGAUGGAUUCCUGUGCAGAAUCCUUCUCAGAGGGAAGGAAAAAGACCAAGAAAUUAAAAAGAAUGAAGAAAGAGCUUACUCCAACAGGAAGCGUCGCGGUCAGCCCCGCCAAGCUCUUCGAAGUUCCCGACACGUGGUAACAAGGCCAGAGGCAAGCAGACUGCUGGUGCUGCCGCGGGGAGAGAGGUGGCCAGCACAUUCGGAAGCCACACUGACUGUCACCCAGCGUGCUGUGGGAGGGGCUUAAACCAAGGGUGUCUCCUGGAAAGACUAGUUUUUAUUUUCGUGGCUGUUUCUCUUUUCCUUUUUAAUGUAAAGUAUCUCUUGACACACACCACAGUUGUGUGCUGCCGUGAACGUGUACGUUAUUAACCAUGUAGUCUUCUGUUGCUCAUGCCGUGCGUUGGGCUCUGAGAAUCCACCUGCCAGGGGAGUGGGCUGUGAAUAUCGAGAAGAGCCAGCGUUACGGGUGCUCUGGUCUCGGAAUUGGGGUGGACUCCCCUGCACGAAGAGGUGCUCGUUCCUCCUCUGCUGCUCCGGCUGUGGGACACUCCUGGCCGUGGUCACGGUCUUCCAGUGGAGAAGCUGCUGUGUCCCUGUGCUUCCCACCACAGCCGCCCGGAAGUAGCCCGCGUUCAGGCAGGAAGCCAUCUGCCCGUGUCAGACCCUCGGCCUUUGGACAUGUUUGUGUAGCGCUGUUUUCCAUGGGGGUGUCUGGGUAAGAGGUGGCUGCAUUCUCCCAUGAGUGCUGUGUUCUUGCCAUGUCUGCGCCUGGUUGUCCUUUCUGUUCUGUUUCUGUGUGUGUUUGGGGUGCAGCGGCACGUGUCCAUACGUGAGUGUGAGUGUGAGUGUGAGUGAAAUCAUAACAAAAUCUACAUGUAUCAGCCCUUUCUGUAAACAGAUCACAGCAGCAAAAGAAAAGUCAUGGAUCUCCUUCAGUAGAUCUGCUUUGGAAAGAUCAUUGUUAGAUAUUUAACAUUUUGUAUUGUGGAAAUAAGGAUGAACAUGUAUUUCCAAAA